AUGGCCGGUGUAUUAUUCGAAGAUAUAUUUAAUGUGAAAGAUAUUGAUCCGGAAGGCAAGAAAUUUGAUCGUUGUAGCCGGUUGCAUUGUGAAUCAGAAUCUUUUAAAAUGGACUUAAUUUUGGAUAUAAAUUCGUGGAUAUAUCCAAUGGAAUUGGGUGAUAAGUUCAGAUUAGUGCUUGCUACGACUCUUAGAGAGAACGGUUAUCCUGAUGGAGGCGAAUGGAACCCUUUAGAAACGGAAGGAAAUCGCGCCGACAGCUUCGAGUAUGUGAUGUCGGGAAAGGUGUACAGAAUUUUAGACUUAACCUGUCUUAACUUGUCUUUCUCUGGUAAUAACUCCGCGGACCAGUAG